GGGUGGGGCGGCCAGGCGGCGCUUCCUUUGCGCGUCACGCACGGAGGUCCCCCUGGGAGGCUGGUGGUUUGAACAUGUCGCGCCUGCAGCGUGUUGCCGCGCGGGAUCCGCGGGCGGGUUUCAGGGCAGAGAGGACAGACAGCAGUACUUCUGUCCCCCAGGGGCUGUUAAAGUCGGCGAGGAAGAGCGGCCAGUUAAACUUGUCUGGUAGGAACCUCAGUGAAGUUCCUCCGUGUGUGUGGAGGGUCAACGUGGAUGUCCCCGAGGAGGCAAAACAGAAUCUUUCCUUCAGCGCUGCCGAGCGGUGGUGGGAACAGACGGAUCUCACCAAGCUCAUCCUCUCCAACAAUAAACUCCAGUCGCUCUCUGAGGACCUUGGCCUCCUGCCUGCGCUGACCGUUCUCGAUAUACAUGAUAAUCAGCUCACAUCCCUUCCUUCUGCAAUAAGAGAGCUAGAAAAUCUUCAAAAGCUCAAUAUCAGCCACAAUAAACUGAAAAUGCUCCCUGAAGAAAUUGCAAAUCUAAAAAACCUGAAGGGCUUCUAUCUCCAGCAUAAUGAACUAACGUGCUUACCAGAGGGAUUUGAGCAACUUUCCAGUUUAGAAGAUUUAGAUCUUUCAAACAAUCGUCUUACAGCCGUUCCUGGUAGUUUUUCUUCUCUACCCAAUCUGAUGCGACUCAAUCUUUCCAGUAACCAACUGAAGAGUUUGCCGGCAGAAAUAAGUAGAAUGAAAAAAUUAAAGCAUUUGGAUUGCAAUUCAAAUCUCUUGGAAACUGUACCUCCUGAAUUGGCUGGCAUGGAAUCUCUAGAAUUGCUUUAUUUGCGAAGGAAUAAAUUACGUUUUCUACCAGAAUUUCCUUCUUGUAGACUAUUGAAGGAAUUGCAUGUAGGUGAAAACCAGAUUGAAAUGUUAGGGGCAGAACACCUUAAGCAUCUGAAUUCUAUCCUUGUGCUAGACCUGAGGGAUAACAAGUUAAAAUCUGUUCCAGAUGAAAUUACACUACUACAGUCUUUGGAAAGGCUUGACCUAAGCAACAAUGAUAUUAGUAGUUUGCCCUAUUCAUUGGGAAACCUCCAUUUGAAAUUCCUGGCACUAGAAGGAAACCCUUUGAGGACCAUUCGAAGAGAAAUUAUAAAUAAAGGAACUCAAGAAGUCCUCAAAUACCUACGCAGCAAAAUCACAGAUGAUGGACCUAGGCAAAGUGACAGUUUUCCUGAGACCACAGCCAUGACACUACCGAGCGAGUCCAGGGUCAAUGUACACGCCAUCGUCACACUAAAAAUACUGGACUAUAGUGAUAAGCAAGCAGCUUUGAUUCCUGACGAAGUAUUUGAUGCAGUAAAAGGCAAUGUCGUCACUUCUGUUAACUUCAGUAAGAAUCAGCUACAGGAAAUUCCAAAAAGAAUUGUGGAGCUGAAGGAGAUGGUCUCUGACGUCAAUCUCAGUUUUAAUAAGCUCUCGCUUGUGUCCUUGGAGUUAUGCAUGCUUCAGAAAUUGACUUUUGUAGAUCUCAGGAACAAUUUUUUACAUUCUUUGCCUGAAGAAAUGAAGUCAUUGAUAAGACUCCAAACGAUCAAUCUCUCCUUUAAUAGGUUCAAAGUUCUGCCGGAAGUUCUGUAUGAUAUCCCCGCGCUGGAGACAAUUCUGAUCAGUAACAAUCAGGUUGGGUCUCUGAGCCCUCAGAAAAUAAAGGUGAUGGAAAACCUGAUGACGCUGGACCUUCAGAAUAACGACCUUCUACAAGUUCCACCAGAGCUUGGGAAUUGUGUGAGCUUGAGAACAUUGCUGCUUGAUGGAAACCCAUUCCGCGUCCCUCGAGCAGCCAUACUGACGAAGGGAACAGCUGCGAUCCUGGAAUACCUGAGGGACCGAAUUCCCGCUUAGACUGAGAUACGUCUAGCCUCGGUCAGGUUAGCGCUUAGAGGGUGCAUUGUUUUGUUCCAGUACCGUCCUAGAAGCGAUGGCCAUCGCCGGUCCUGCAGUCCCCAGGGUCACCUGGCAUCGGAACUGGCCUGGGCUGUCCUCACUGCCGCUAGUCGUUUCACAGUUACUUACCAUUUCUCUGAGCGCUGCUGUGUCUGGACAGUGCCGACACCCACGCGGAGUCACGAAGUGUUCUCCCAGGGCUUCUCCUGCUCGUUUUCCUUCCCUUAGCGUCAUACACACUUUCCUCAAGAGUAAAGCUUUGCUCAAUAUGAUUUAACAUUUUAUAAUAAGACGUUUUUGUAUAACUGGAUUUUUUCCCCUUGUUUUCUUUUUGUAUUCUAUUUACUGUGACCAAUUGUCUUGGAUAUGACUAGCCAAUUUAUACCUUUCAUUAGAUAUAAAAUAAAAAUCAGAUUUAUUGAAUAUUGUUCUUUGACAUUUUAAAGAAUAAGACUUUUGUUACCCAUGGUAAGAUUUUUAUGAUGUAUCCGGUCUCAGUAGAAGUUUUCAAUUAACAUUGCCUGGUUUUUAUUUUAACCUAGUUGACAUGUUUCUUUUCUAGGGACAGAAAUAGGUCUUUUCUCUAUCUUAGAAAAUCAUUUCAUCAAGGUCGCUGAUUUCACAGAAGUGCUUCUCAAGAUGUAGCAGUUGAAGGAAAAAUGAAAGUAUUACUGUGACUGCUGCCAAAGGUGUAGUUAUCAGAGGAAAAGGGAGCGUCCUGUUGUGACUGCUGCCGCAGAAGCAGUGGUACUUCCGCUUUUCCUCAGAAACUCCGCUAACACUUGACGGUUUGUUUUAAAUAAUGUCUUCAUGUUUUCACAUGGUGGUGCAACACUUUUGCCUUCAUGAGAAGUAGAGGUUAGAUCUGCGCAUUUCCCCCUCAGUCAGAGCUUCAGCAUUUAAAUGUCUUUGUCCCUUGAUAAAGAAAAAUAUUGAAGACCUUCCUUUAUGAAUUCUACAGAAAACUAUAACACAUAGCAUUUAGCAACCUUAACGUGUGUUUUGUUUUAGUACUUAUUGGACAAGUAUUUGCAUACUUCAUGAGCCUGUGGGUGUGUUUUGAUGCAACCUUGUGUAUCAUUUUCAUUUCCAGCACUUUAAUCUUAAAAUUUGUUUGCUGUGCUGAGAAGACCAACAGCCAUGCAAUAAUUUUCUAAAAGGGAAUUUAACAUGGAUAAACUUGAUUUAAUAAAAGGCAAAUAUAACCAGUUCUGUUUACACUGAAAUUAUCAGGAGUAGGUCAGUCUGUCAUUGUGACACCUACAGCUUGUCCCAAGUACCCAAUUCAGUAGCGUGUGUAUCAGUAGAUAGAUGUGAUUUAGAUAGCUAUGGGGUGACUGACGCAUGUUUAAAUUAUGAAAAACAUCAUUGCUAAUGAAGAUGGAUACUACAUGUUGAUAAUAAAAAACAUUUUUCAAACAUCAA